CGAUAUUUCUACAAUACUGGUGGCAUUGAUUCAACUAGCAAAGAUGGUGGUUUUGCUGCGGCUAGAGGAGAUCACCAAAUGUCCGUUCGUCUUAGUAAUGUUAGCAGCGAUAGACAGGUGGUGUCUUCACCGCCACAUUCAAAUGAGCGAAGCAUUCGUCGAGAUUAUUACAGUGGUGGCAAUCAGUAUAAUACAAGUGGUACUGCUUCUUAUACAGGCGGCGGGGGAACAUUGCAAUCUGAUUCCAUGUAUGGUUCACGUAUUCAACAACAGUCACAGAAUCAAGCACUUUCUUCAUCUCGUCCAACUGGUGAAAUGUUUGGUAAUGGAGUUUUCACUCAACCUUCUUUGGGUAGUGGAAAUAAUAAUGCUCUCUCCAGCGGCUAUGACUCUCAACAUACGCCUCAACAAUUUGGUAGUGGAAGCAGUGGGUAUUAUCAACAAGGUUCAGUUUCGGAUUGGGGUGGGCAGAUGGAUGUUAGUGGUGGAACAAAUGAACGAAAUGCUGCAGCAACACGCUCUUUUCUUGGUGGAGGAAGUAAUGUUGGAAGUUCAUCAACACAGUGGAAUUCUGGAGGAGAUUGGGGCGGUACACUUGGUGCAAACACUAAUAGGGCUGGAACGUCAAGCAGAUACAACACGUCUUACAGCAAACCUGCGAGUGGUGGUUAUUCUUCUGGAGGAAGACGUUAUUAAGAGAAAUAAGGAAGUAUUUAAAUAUGUG